AGAAGAGGAAUUCUCCAUAUUUUUCUCCAAAUAUACCUCCAGCAUGGGCAAAGUCCUUCUUGUACUUUACCAAGGCGGUGAGCAUGCCAAACAGGUCCCGGGAUUGCUAGGAACGGUCGAAAACGAGCUCGGAUUGCGCAAAUGGCUCGAAGACCAAGGCCACACUCUUGUGACUACACAUGACAAGGAGGGCGAGAAUUCGACUUUUGAUCGCGAACUCGUUGAUGCCGAAGUUAUCAUUACCACUCCAUUCCACCCCGGUUAUCUCACCAAAGACCGCCUUGCAAAGGCAAAGAACCUGAAAAUCGCCGUGACAGCCGGCAUUGGAUCCGACCAUGUUGAUCUGGACGCUGCGAACGAGACCAAUGGCGGCAUUACCGUUGCUGAAGUUACCGGUUCCAACGUGGUCUCGGUCGCCGAGCACGUCGUCAUGACCAUUCUCACCUUGGUUCGCAACUUUGUCCCCGCACACGAGCAGAUUGAGCGAGGCGAUUGGAACGUCGCGGCAGUUGCCAAGGACGAAUAUGAUUUGGAAAACAAGGUCGUUGGAACCGUGGCCGUUGGCCGUAUCGGCGAACGCGUCCUCCGACGUCUCAAGCCAUUCGACUGCAAGGAAUUGCUCUACUUUGACUAUCAGCCACUGAAGCCAGAAGUCGAAAAGGAGAUUGGCUGCCGACGUGUCGACAGUCUCGAAGAGAUGCUUGCCCAAUGCGACGUCGUCACGAUCAACUGCCCUCUUCACGAAAAGACCCGGGGCUUGUUCAACAAGGAACUCAUCUCCAAGAUGAAGAAGGGCUCUUGGCUCAUAAACACCGCCCGUGGAGCCAUUGUCGUCAAAGAAGACGUCGCUGAGGCGCUCAAGUCCGGCCACCUCCGCGGCUACGGUGGAGACGUCUGGUUCCCCCAGCCCGCUCCAGAAGACCACCCGCUCCGUUACGCCAAGAACCCCUUUGGCGGCGGCAACGCCAUGGUGCCGCACAUGUCCGGCACAUCGAUUGACGCGCAGAAGCGCUACGCCGCGGGCGUCAAGUCCAUUCUGGAAUCCUACUAUUCCGGCAAGGAAGACUAUCGUCCCGAGGAUCUGAUCGUCCACAAGGGCGACUACGCGACCAAGGCCUAUGGCCAGCGCACCAAGAAGCAGUAAAAGUACCUGUAAUCGGAUAAUUUAAAUAUUUUGAUACUUGCACCUUGCCAUAGCUGUUGCCUGCUUUUCCCUUUUAUAUUUAUACUUCUUUUUCAUUUUCAUUUUUGAUUUUGAUCUUGUUGACAAUGGCCUCGGAGCGAAGGAACAAAAAAAUGCGACUCUAUUGACUAUAUAAACUCCCAAAUGAACAAGUCCAAACAAUAAAAGUGCUUAAUGACUCUUUUCC